AAAGCUUUCCACUUUCACACCUUCAGGCCGGUUCCAAACAGCUUCUGCAACUAGCCAACCAGCCAAUACCGCCACCACGACGGAAUAUUUGAUAGCAGCCAAUAUCUAGAUAUAGCUACUAGAUCCUUUAGCUAAGAGGAAUAGCAUCAUGGCCUCGAGCUCUAACAUGAACCCCUACGAUAACUAUGAGUCUAGCAGGAUCGAACAAGAUGUCAUCGACCCGGAUGAUCGUGAGCCCCCCCCACCCCUCCACAUAUGCCCCCAGAGAAGCUCGAAUAACCAACCCAACUCCCCUCGAUAGUCAAUGUCGAUGAUGACGACCCACUCGAAGCGACCUCUGCUACUACCCCGUUAAACCCCACACACCUCACCUCCGCUAUUCCCGGUGAAGAUCGUCGUGCGCCAAACAACACCUUGGACGAAUCAGUUUGGGACACGCUCUCUCGUGAUGUCCUCGCCGUCUGGGAGAAGAUGAAAGCGGUCCUCUGGCCAAAGUUCACGUUCAAGAAGUGGCCAGACGCAAACGACGUUCUAGAGUCCGGCGGUGGCUUUGGCAACGGUGGCGGUAGAGGGGGCGGGAUUAUUGGGGAUUGGGACCUUUGGGGCCCGUUGGUAUUCUGUUUGGCUCUCAGUACACUGUUGAGUUUUGCGGCGAGCGAUUCGCAGACUACGCAAGUGUUCGCAGGGGUUUUCUCCAUGGUUUGGAUUGGGGAGGCGGUGGUUACGGCGCAGAUUAAGUUGCUCGGGGGGAAUAUGUGGGUUUCCCCGCCUAUCAUGAGGUUUGGCUCACCAUGCUAAUUCAGACCUAUAGCUCUUUCUUCCAGUCGGUUUCUAUCAUCGGAUAUACGCUGUUCCCCGUCGUCAUCUGUGCUCUCCUCUCGGCUCUACACAUCCCGGCUAUCGUCCGUGUUCCCGUGUACUCUGUCCUGUACCUGUGGUCCCUUGCCGCUGGCGUUAGUAUCCUAGGCGGCAGCGGAGUCGUAAGGAAUAGAGUGGGUUUGGCAGUUUUCCCCUUGGGCAUAUUUUAUGGGGGGCUAGUUUGCUUGUGUCUAGUCAGUUAGAUGUGAUAAGACAUGAUUUAUAGGAUAAUACUCCCAGAUCACUAGGGCUCCUUUUCUUUUCUCCUUUUCCUUUCAUUGUUUCCUUGCAUGUUCUGGGGCUUUGCGCAUGAUUGCGCAGGACAAAGGGUAGCUUGUAUAUAAAUAUGGUAUUCUUCGACGGUGGCUCCCUUUUUUCUUCUGUUGUAACGGCAGUCUGUGAGAUAGAGGGCCGCAAAUGUCCCCAGAUAAAGUGAAGCAUUUAGGUAGGUGUAGGGUAGCUUCUAGUGCCCGAGUAGGGUUUGUAACCCGUACCUAGCUCACUUCCAUAGCGCACCAUUUGGUCCUUUCCACAUGUACUCC